CUUGGUGUGCGAUUCUGCCUGGCUGAACGCGCUGCCCCAGAGCAUCUACAUGGCCGGCUUGACAGCCGGUUUUGUCGCCAUGGGUCCAUUUUCGGACAUAUACGGCCGGCGGCCGGUUAUGCUGUGUGGCAUUGCGAGCUACAUAAUACUGGAGUACGUCCUGGCCGUGACCACCUCUUUCUGGUUAUUCUGCCUGCUACGUUUUUUGAACGCCAUUGCUGUAGCCGCGGCGAACAACAGCCUGGCCCUCUAUGUCGAAAGCAUUGGCCCAGGCUAUCGGGGACGAGCCAUGGUUGCAUACGGCGUCUUCUGGGGCGUGGGCAUAGUUGUGCUGGCUGGCCUUGUUGCUGCGAUGCCGAGAUGGCAGUCCCAGCUCGCAGUCUUCGCCACCAUGUACGCGUUGCCACUGCUGCUCUGGAGGUACAUAGUGGAGUCUCCGAAAUGGCUCUUGACAGUUGGAAAGUACAAGGAGGCCGAUGAAGCCAUCAGGAAGAUCGCCAAGAUGAAUGGCCGCAAGGACAUUGUCGAGGAAGACCUGAAUAGGCUGAAGAAUCGGUACAAGGAGCAACAUAGGAAUCGAGAAGCGAAAGGCUGCGCUGGAAUCCGGGCCCUGUUCAAUUCAAGAACAAUGAUCAACUUUACAGCGACCAACGCCAUCUUUCAGUUGUGCACAGCUCUUGUGCGGUACCAACUGGCACUGGACACUGAGCUGCUGCCAAUAAAUCCGUACUGGAACUUCUUUGUGGGUGGUCUCAUCGAGGGGGUGAGCGGAGCUAUGUGCCACUUUAUCCUGCUGUACCUGCCACGCAAGAGCUCGACCAUCUUCUUUUUGGUGUUCACCAUGGCCACUUAUCUAGUCCACGCCUGCUUACCAAAAGAGUUCAAGAUGGCCGAAAGUAUAACAAUGCUUGCCGGACGGUUGUGCAUUGGGAAUGUGAUUAACAUCAACAUAAUCUACCUAAGCGAGAUGUUUCCCACCGGUGUCCGGGCCCUGGCCACUGGAUUCGCCCAGACCGUGUUCGGAGUCGGAGGUGUCAUCCAGCCAUACGUUAAUCACCCCUUUAACAACGCAACCUGGGAUGCUAUCUUCUACGCGGUCACCAUGUUGGUCGCGGCAGUGGUGUUGAUCUCCUGGCCAGAGACCAAAGGCCGGCCGCUGCCGGAUUUCGUGGCCAACGUCGAGGCUUCAGAAAGUUCGCGGACAUCCGGAUUGUCUGCACACGACACGAACGGCACCGGGGACCCUGCGGCACGCUAUAACGCUGCAUACAGAGCAAACGAAGAGGGCACCAGCGAGGGUGCAGUCGGCAUUGACGCUUAUUGGGACAGCCUCACCGAGGACACAGAGAGAUCAGUUGCUAUGGAGUUAGCCUCGUUCGACCGGGUAAUCGGCGUGCGGCGAAGCGCUGGUGCAAUUGCCCCUCCUAGAGGCGCUGCAACUAAUUCCGCGCUUAAGCGCGAGCACAGCCUCUGAGCGCCGUCAUCUUUCUAGAGCCUUCUCGCAGAAGCGUGAUAGCGACGCAGGCAAAAGCUGAAGCUUGUCUCCCUUUUAUUUUUCAUGCCAUCCACUUUUAUCACUCUUGUAGAUUUAAACCUCAGUGAGUCCAUUUUACGUGCAUGUCCUGUAUACUUUGUAAUGUGCAGCGUGCUGUGACAGUGUGUACUGUGUUCGUCCUCCAAGACAAUUUUUUUCGAUUACUAUUGCAAUGGUGGGAUUGUGCGCCUUUGAAACCAAAUUUGACUUUC